AUGCUAGACUUGAAUGGCACGCCCUUCCAGCCAGCCACACUACAGCUGACAGGCAUUCCUGGGAUGCACACAGGCCAAGCUUGGAUUGCCCUGAUUUUCUGUUUCCUCUACUUCAUCUCCAUUGCAGGCAACCUCUGCAUCCUCGCUCUGGUCAUCCGAGAACCUCCUCUACACCAACCCAUGUACUAUUUCCUCUCUAUGCUCUCUCUCAAUGAUUUGGGAGUGUCCCUAUCUACACUUCCCACUGUGCUUGCUACCUUCUGCUUCAAUUACCGCCAUGUUGGUUUUGAUGCCUGUCUGGUCCAGAUGUUCUUCAUUCACACGUUUUCUUUCAUGGAAUCGGGCAUACUACUCGCCAUGAGCUUUGACCGUUUUGUAGCUAUCUGUGACCCACUACGUUAUUCCACUGUGCUUACCAAUAGCCGCAUCUUGGCUAUGGGUCUGGGUAUCCUUGCCAAAAGUUUCACUACCCUCUUUCCUUUCCCCUUUCUUGUAAAAAGAUUGCCCUUUUGCAAGGGCAAUGUGCUACAUCACUCAUAUUGCCUGCAUCCAGAUCUGAUGAAAGUGGCUUGUGGAGACAUCCAUGUUAACAAUAUCUAUGGACUCUUUGUAGUAAUUUUCACAUAUGGCGUGGACUCAGUUUUCAUCCUUCUGUCUUAUGCAUUGAUCUUGAGAGCUGUGUUGGUUAUUGCAUCACAUGAACAGCGACUCAAGGCACUCAACACCUGCAUAUCUCACAUCUGUGCAGUACUGGCAUUUUAUGUGCCCAUAAUUGCUGUCUCCAUGAUCCAUCGCUUCUGGAAAAGUGCUCCAGCUGUUGUUCACGUUAUGAUGUCCAAUGUCUAUUUGUUUGUACCUCCCAUGCUCAACCCCAUUAUCUAUAGUGUGAAGACCAAGGAAAUUCGAAAAGGGAUGCUCAAAGUCUUUCAGAAAUCCCAGACCUGA